UAUUCUGUCACAUUCCAGAACUCAGACGAGAAUGCAACCGAAGCUCCUGGAACCUCCUUCCAACUCUUCUCUAUCCUUCCAGAAAAUUCAUCUCUUUUCACACACAACACACCUAUAAAUAACCAAUCCAACCGCUCUCCCUCACCCACUCCAAAACAGCUCUACCAGAUCAUCUCUUACAAACAAAAUCUCCUUCGCACCAACAUUUCCUUGAGCAUCAAACAUUUCUCCAGUUAACAAGCGAAAGAUGGAUCUAAGAAUCAUGGGCUUAGACUCCCCAAUCUUCUCCACCCUCCACCACGUUAUGGAUCUCGUCGACGAGGCUGACAAGUCGUUCAACGCCCCAACACGAACCUACGUCCGGGAUGCCAAGGCCAUGGCAGCCACUCCGGCCGACAUCAAGGAGUAUCCAAAUUCCUACGUUUUCGUCGUCGACAUGCCAGGGCUGAAGGUCGGAGACAUCAAGGUUCAGGUUGAGGACGACAAUGUGCUACUGAUAAGUGGCGAGAGGAAGAGGGAGGAGGAGAAAGAAGGGGCGAAGUAUGUGAGGAUGGAGAGGAGAGUUGGGAAGUUAAUGAGGAAAUUUGUGUUGCCGGAAAAUGCCAACGUUGAUGCCAUCUCGGCGGUUUGUCAGGAUGGUGUGCUCACGGUGACCGUGCAAAAGUUGCCACCACCUGAGCCCAAGAAGCCCAAGGUGGUUGAGGUCAAGGUCAAUUGAUGGGUUUGGUUCAUGAGUUUUCAGAAUAUGGCGCCCUGCUGGUUCUCUUUUAUCUUUUAAUUUUCUUCCUUUUUGGUGGUGUUUUGUGUGGUAAUGUCUGUAAUGUGGGUUGCCUCUGUAGUGUGUGCUUGAUGGUUUAUGUCAAUGAAUAUUUACAGGUUUCAUCAGAAAUGUUAAUCUUUUACUA